AUGGGCGAGAAACCUGCCAGCGCCCCGGCUCGCACGCCGGCAAAGACGCCCUCAUCCACUGCGAAGCAGCAGAGCAUCUUGGGCUUCUUCUCCAAAGCCAGCCAGCCCAAGGCCAAGCCCAAUGCCGGUGCCCCGGCUUCGUCCGCGUCUGCCAUUCCAUCCACCUCCAAGACAGACAAGGUACCGUCGACGUGCCUCAAGGAGACCACAAAGGCCAACUCGUUGUCCUUUGCCAAACGCCCGUCCACCAUUACUCCCGUCCCUAGCAGUGAUGCAGCCGAACCCCUGAGCUCCCAGGAGAAUGUCGAUGUCAUGACUGUUGAUUCCAAGGUACCCAUCGACUCCUUGCCGUCACCAAAGUCUCCUGCUGAGCUCGACCACCAGCCAGCACCCACGCCCACGGUGCUCGCAAGCAGCAGUCCUUCCCGAAAGGCUAAGAAAGGCGUCAACUACGCGGAGCCGUCCGACGACGAAGACGAAGACAUCAUGUCGCACAAGACGCGUCCGACGCGAAAUAGGAACCGCGCCCGCGCCGCUGUCAUGGACGAAGACGAUGAUGAGGACGAGUACGAGGGUCCAUUAGACGAUGCGUUUGAUGAUGACGAUGACGAUAUGGCCGACUUCGUUGUCUCUGACGAAUCUGAUGCACCAUCCAACUCGAAGAAGAGGAAGCGACCGACCCCCAAGACCGCGCCGGCUCCCAGGAAGCGUCAACCCUCGUCGAGCUCUCCAGCCUCCGCUCAAAAGGAGGAAGACAUUGACGAAUACGAAUUGCUAAACGAGACCUCCCGUACAUCGACAGCGCAGCAGUGGCGGUACGACCCCAAGAAUAUCGAGAAGCGACAAGGACGCAACCCCGCGCCCAACCCCAAGUCGACCGCGUCGGCCUCAAAGGUGAAGGAGAGGGCGUGCGACAAGGAGCCAGAAAAACGGCAUCGUUGGCUUGCAGAACCUCUCGAUGCUGACCGGAAUGCCCCUGGCCACCCAGACUUCAACCCGGGUACCCUGUAUGUUCCACCGGGAGUUAAGUUCUCGCCCUUUGAGCAGCAAUACUGGGAUAUCAAGAAGAACCUCUGGGACACGGUUGUUUUCUUCAAGAAGGGCAAGUUCUACGAGCUGUACGAGAACGAUGCUACUCUUGGCCACCAACUCUUUGAUCUGAAGAUGACAGAUCGCGUCAACAUGCGCAUGGUUGGUGUCCCCGAAGGCUCACUCGACAUGUGGGUCAACCAAUUCAUCGCAAAAGGCUACAAGGUCGCCCGAGUCGAUCAGAUGGAGUCAGCACUCGGCAAGGAGAUGCGUGAACGUGACGUGAAGGGGCCCAAAGCUACAAAGGGCAAGGAAGACAAGGUCAUCCGCCGCGAGCUUGCCUGUAUCCUUACCGGCGGCACUCUAGUUGACGGCAGCAUGCUCCAGGACGACAUGGCCGUCUAUUGUGCCGCUAUCAAAGAGUGUGUCAUCGACGGCCAACCCGCUUUUGGCAUUGCAUUUGUCGACGCCGCCACGGGACAAUUCUUCGUCUCCGAGUUUGUCGAUGAUGUCGAUCUCACUAAAUUCGAGACCUUUGUGGCCCAGGUCUCCCCUCGGGAAAUUCUGCUAGAGAAGUCCCACAUUUCCGUCAAGGCAAUGCGGAUCCUCAAGAACAACACCACGCCCCUAACCAUCUGGAACAACCUCAAGUCUAACGCUGAGUUUUGGGGCUCCGACCAGACACGCCGCGAGCUCGACUGCAGCGGCUACUUCAUCCAGGAAGGAGUCGACGAAGAGGUCUGGCCCGAGGUGCUCAAGGAGUCCAAAGACAAGAACCUGUUGAUGUCGGCACUUGGCGCGCUCAUACACUACCUGCGAGUCCUCAAGCUGGAAAAGAGUCUCCUGUCGCAGGGCAACUUCCAGUGGUACACUCCUAUCCACAAGAAUGGCACACUCAUCCUUGAUGGCCAGACCCUCAUCAAUCUGGAGGUCUUCUCAAAUACAGUCAACGGCGGACCCGAGGGCACUCUAUUCGCCUUGCUCAACCGAUGUGUUACGCCAUUCGGCAAGCGGCUCUUUCGACAAUGGAUUUGCCACCCACUUUGCAACAUUGACAAGAUCAAUGAGCGCUUGGAUGCUGUAGAUCUAUUGAACGCCGACCCCACUGUUCGUGAGCAGUUCUACUCCGAGAUGACCAAGAUGCCCGACCUCGAGAGAUUGAUUUCUCGGAUCCAUGCCGGCAUCUGUAGGCCAGAUGACUUUGUUAGAGUCAUCGACGGAUUCGAGCAGAUUGACUACACAAUGACUCUCAUGAGUGCUUUUGGAGGCGGCAACACCAUGGUAGACCGUCUGAUCUCGUCCAUGCCCAGCCUGAAAGAGCCUCUCGACUUUUGGAAGAAUGCUUUUGACAAAAGGAAGGCCCGCGAAGAGAAGCUCUUCAUCCCCGAACCAGGUAUUGAGGAAGAGUUCGACAACAGCAUGGACAACAUCAAGCGGAUCAAAAAAGAUCUCGAUGCUCUGCUCUCUGAGCAAAAGAGAAACUUGAAGAGCCCCAAACUCAAAUUCUGCGACGUCGGCAAGGAAAUAUACCAGAUUGAAGUCCCUAAAGCAGUCAAGGUUCCCAAGGACUGGCGCCAGAUGUCAGCGACCGCAGCGGUCAAGCGCUACUAUUUCCAGGACCUUCUAACACUGGUCCGUGAGCUGCAGGAGGCAGAGGAAUCGCACUCUCAGGUAAUCAAGGACGUGGCCGCGAGCUUCUUCAGGCGCUUCGACACGGACAACGAGACCUGGCUUCGGGCCAUCAGGGUCGUUGCCCAACUUGAUUGCCUCAUCAGCCUGGCCAAGUCAUCGACCGCGUUAGGCCAGCCGAGUUGCCGCCCCGUCUUCGUUGAUCAAGAGCGGAGCGUUGUGGAGUUUGAGGAAUUGCGCCAUCCGUGCAUGUUGAAUAGUGUCGACGACUUCAUUCCCAACGACGUCAAGCUCGGAGGAGAGGGCGCCAAGAUCAAUCUGCUGACCGGUGCCAACGCGGCUGGAAAGUCUACAGUGUUGCGUAUGUCCUGUGUCGCCGUCAUCAUGGCCCAAAUCGGCUGCUAUGUGCCGGCUGUGUCCGCUCGACUGACACCAGUUGAUCGAAUCAUGUCCCGGCUGGGAGCCAACGACAAUAUUUUUGCGGCCCAGUCCACCUUCUUUGUCGAGCUGUCCGAGACCAAGAAGAUCUUAUCCGAGGCCACUCCCCGGUCUCUAGUGAUCCUGGAUGAACUUGGUCGUGGCACAUCCUCCUAUGACGGUGUUGCCGUUGCCCAGGCCGUGCUGCACCAAGUCGCAACACACGUGGGCUGCGUUGGUUUCUUUGCCACGCACUACCACAGUCUGGCGACCGAGUUCGAAAACCACCCCGAGAUCGCACCACGGCGGAUGCAGAUCCACGUCGACGACGCCAACCGCAAGGUGACGUUCUUGUACAAGCUGGAAGAAGGCGUGGCCGAGGGCUCAUUUGGUAUGCACUGCGCCGCGAUGUGCGGCAUCUCGGACAAGGUCAUUGAGAGGGCCGAGGUGGCUGCCAAGGAGUGGGAGCACACGUCCCGCCUCAAGGAGAGCCUCGAGCGGGCAAAGACGGGGUGUUACAUCCCGCUCGGUGUUCUUAGCGACGUUGCGUCUCUGCUGAAGGGGCGACAGGAUGCGGAAGGGACCAGUGAGGUUCGCGCCGGGGGCGUGGAUGUACUUCUGCGGGCUAUUGGGGCAUUGUAA